AUGCUUAAAAUUAGCACAAUUUAUCAGUCUCAUCCUGAUGCUUUUUUUAACAUGAACUCGAUGAACUGUCACAAAGGUCAUAAAUCAAUAUUCAAGACUUUCUCAAAACUUCGGCAUCAGGUGCAAUCACAGUGUGCUGUCGAACCCUCGCUUUUAUCAAAGUUACCUAUAACAGUAAUAAAAUAA